AUGUCACGGCCACACACCUGUGUCCGGAUCGAGGAUGAGCUGGACUACUUCAACAGCAAUGCAAGCGUGAACCUCGAUGGACCGCAAGUCAAGUAUCCUGAGCCUCCACCACGAAGGCCCGGGAAAUUCCGUUAUUCCCUCUUCUCCCUCUUCAGCUAUGUCGGCAUGGGGAACUGUUGCUUCUUCUGCCUCUUCUCCUUGCUUGGUUUUGAAGAGAUCAUGCGGGCCCUCGGAUACAUUCCACCAUUCUCCCUAUACUUUGGCCUCUCGCAAAUCCCCUUCACGUUGUUCUGUGGACCCUUUGCGAUGUGCAACCUGAGAAGAAAGUUUCGGAAAAAGUGGAAAAUCCGUGGCAACAUCCUGCUCGAUUUUAUCUUCUCCCUCUUUUGCUGCUGCUGUGUGGCCUCGCAGCUUUUGAAUGAGUCGAGAGCUAUCCUACUUCUGGGGGAACUUAAUACACCGGAAACGCAACCACUGAAGAAGGGAAAGAAGAAGAACGCGAAACUAAAGAGAAUAAACGUUUAA